CACAUUGGACUGAUGAUGGAGUUGAAUUGUUACAAGAUCAAGUUGGAUAUUGGAGAUUUGGUGAUUAUCAUUAUUUAGAUUCUGCUGGUGAAUUUCUUGAUACUGAUAAGAUUAAUAAAUGUUGUAUUGAAGAUAUGGAUC